AUGUGGGGGGGGGGGGGGGUGGGGGGGGGGGGGGGGGUGGGGGGGGGGGGGGGGGGGGAGGGGGGGGGGGGGGGGGGGGGGGGGGGGGUGGGGGGGGGGGGGGGGGGGGGGGGGGGGGGGGGGGGGGGGGGGGGGGUGGGGGGUGGGGGGUGGGGGGGGGGGGGGGGGGGGGGGGGGGGGGGAGGGGGGGGGGGGGGGGGGGGGGGGGGGGGGGGGGGGUGGGGGUGGUGUGGGGGGGGGGGGGGGGGGGUGGGUGGGGGUUUGGGUGUGGUGUUUGUUGGUGGGGGUGUGGUGGGUGGCGGGUGGGGGGGGGUGGGGGUGGGGGGGGGGGGGUGGGGGGGGGGGGGGGUGGGGGGUGGGUGGGGUGUGGGGGGGUGGGGGGGGGUGGGGGGGGGGGGGGGUGGGUUGGUGGGGGGGGGGGGUGGUGGGUGGCGGGGGGGGGGGGUGGGGGGGGGGGGGGGGGGGGUGGGGGGGGGGGGUGGGGGGGGGGGGGGGGGGGGGGGGGGGGGGGGGGGGGGGGGGGGCGAUGGAGGGGGGGGGGGGGGGGGCGGGAGCGCCGGAUAA